CUGAGCGGCGGCGGCGGCGGCGCAGGGCGCGCGGGCCCUCCGCGCCGACUCCAUGGACCCAAGGGGCGGCGGCGGCGGCGGCGGCUGAGCGACCCUGGGCCGGGCGCGUGAUGAGGAGGGGCCGGCGCCAGACCCCGCUGCACGUCGGAGCUCGCCUGGAUCCGAGCGUUGGCAGCAGAAGGGCCCCGGCCCCGGGACUCUCUGCCGCUAGCCCCCGUCAUAUCUUCUCUGCUUUCGCUUCUCCACUCUAGCCCGGGGUGGGGUGGGGGUGUGGAGUUGGGGUCUCCGCGGCGGUUUCUGGCCCCGGGGCCCUCUCCCGGGUGUGCCUGGAGGAGUUCUCCCUCUGUGGCGCGCGGCAGCCCUGUGACGCGUCAGCCGGCGGGACGGCUGAGUUGCUUCUCCGGGAAACCGUCCCCGCUUCCUCACGACCCUCCCCGCUCCCGCCUGGGUGCCCCUCGGGCCGGCAGUACUCCGCCUCCGGGCGCUCGAAGCGAGUUCCCAGGGGGCUGGUUCGCAGGCACCCCUUCCCCUCCGAGGCGGCGCGUGCGCUCCCGGCCCUGACCGCGGCCGGACACACUCGCGCCCCAGUCCGCCUGUCACCCUCGGGCCCCGGUCCGCCUGUCACCCUCCCGCCUGCUCCCUCCAGUCACUCUCCCGCCUGCUCCCUCCAGUCACCCCACCCUUAGCUGUCCCCGCCACCUUACUCCACCACCCUCCCCCGCCUCUCCGCGCACUCCGCGUCCCGGCCUCCAGUUCCCCUUUCCCUUGAACCGCUCACUUCACAGCCCUUCGCCCCCGGGAAAAAGAAACAUUUUCCGAAGCGCACUCCUCAGCCCUCCCUCCCCACGCGCUCGCCCUCCCCUCCCCUCCCCCUGCUCUUUCUUGGGGGAGGGGGGCUGUCGCCUUGGAUUGAAGGCCAUUGAUUUGUAUGUAUUUGUCCCAGCGCUGGAGGCUGCCCCAGCCGCCGCGCCGGUGCCGCCGCUGCCAGUGGAGUUGCCUCCCCGCUUCCCUAGAGUGGUUCGGCUCCACCAAACAUGUCGGCUCCUGUCGGGCCCCGGGGCCGCCCGGCUCCCACCCCGGCGGCCUCUCAGCCGCUUCUGCAGCCCGAGAUGCCUGACCUCAGCCACCUCACUGAGGAGGAGAGGAAAAUCAUCCUGGCCGUCAUGGAUAGGCAGAAGAAAGAAGAGGAGAAGGAGCAGUCCGUGCUCAAGGUCAAAGAAGAACACAAACCACAACUGACACAGUGGUUUCCCUUUAGUGGAAUCACUGAACUGGUAAAUAACGUUCUUCAGCCCCAGCAAAAACAACAAAAUGAAAAGGAGCCCCAGACAAAACUGCAUCAGCAGUUUGAAAUGUAUAAAGAGCAGGUAAAGAAGAUGGGAGAAGAAUCACAGCAACAGCAAGAACAGAAGGGUGAUGCGCCAACCUGUGGUAUCUGCCACAAAACAAAGUUUGCUGAUGGAUGUGGCCAUAACUGUUCAUAUUGCCAAACAAAGUUCUGUGCUCGUUGUGGAGGUCGAGUGUCAUUACGCUCAAACAAGGAGGACAAAGUGGUUAUGUGGGUAUGUAAUUUGUGCCGAAAACAACAAGAAAUCCUCACUAAAUCAGGAGCAUGGUUUUAUAAUAGUGGAUCUAAUACACCACAGCAACCUGAUCAAAAGGUUCUUCGAGGGCUAAGAAAUGAGGAGGCACCUCAGGAGAAGAAACCAAAACUACAUGAGCAGACCCAGUUCCAAGGACCCUCAGGUGACUUAUCUGUACCUGCAGUGGAGAAAAGUCGAUCUCAUGGGCUCACAAGACAGGAUUCUAUUAAAAAUGGGUCAGGCGUGAAGCAUCACAUUGCCAGUGACAUAGCUUCAGACAGGAAAAGAAGCCCAUCUGUGUCCAGAGAUCAGAAUAGAAGAUACGACCAAAGGGAAGAAAGAGAGGAAUAUUCACAGUAUGCUACUUCGGAUACCGCAAUGCCUAGAUCUCCAUCAGAUUAUGCUGAUAGGCGAUCUCAACAUGAACCUCAGUUUUAUGAAGACUCUGAUCAUGUAAGUUAUAGGGACUCCAACAGGAGAAGUCAUAGGCAUUCCAAAGAAUAUAUUGUAGAUGAUGAGGAUGUGGAAAGCAGAGAUGAAUACGAAAGACAAAGGAGAGAGGAAGAGUACCAGUCACGCUACCGAAGUGAUCCGAAUUUGGCCCGUUAUCCAGUAAAGCCACAACCCUAUGAAGAACAAAUGCGGAUCCAUGCUGAAGUGUCCCGGGCACGGCAUGAGAGAAGGCAUAGUGAUGUUUCUUUGGCAAAUGCUGACCUGGAAGAUUCCAGGAUUUCUAUGCUAAGGAUGGACCGACCAUCAAGGCAAAGAUCUAUAUCAGAACGUAGAGCUGCCAUGGAAAAUCAGCGAUCUUAUUCAAUGGAAAGAACUCGAGAGGCUCAGGGACCAAGUUCUUAUGCACAAAGGACCACAAAUCAUAGUCCUCCUACCCCCAGGAGGAGUCCACUACCCAUAGACAGACCAGACUUGAGGCGUACUGACUCACUACGGAAACAGCACCACUUAGAUCCUAGCUCUGCUGUAAGAAAAACAAAACGGGAAAAAAUGGAAACAAUGUUAAGAAAUGAUUCUCUCAGUUCAGACCAGUCAGAGUCAGUGAGACCUCCACCACCAAAGCCUCAUAAAUCAAAGAAAGGAGGUAAAAUGCGCCAAGUUUCGUUGAGCAGUUCAGAGGAGGAAUUGGCUUCCACGCCCGAAUAUACAAGUUGUGAUGAUGUUGAGAUUGAAAGUGAGAGUGUAAGUGAAAAAGGGGACAGUCAAAAGGGAAAAAGAAAAACUAGUGAGCAGGCAGUUUUGUCGGACUCUAACACCAGGUCUGAGAGACAAAAGAAAAUGAUGUACUUUGGUGGCCACUCUUUGGAAGAGGAUUUGGAAUGGUCUGAACCUCAGAUUAAGGACUCUGGGGUAGAUACGUGUAGUAGCACAACCCUUAACGAGGAGCAUAGCCAUAGUGAUAAGCACCCUGUAACCUGGCAACCAUCUAAAGAUGGAGAUCGUUUAAUUGGUCGCAUUUUAUUAAAUAAGCGUCUAAAAGAUGGAAGUGUACCUCGAGAUUCAGGAGCAAUGCUUGGCUUGAAGGUUGUAGGAGGAAAGAUGACUGAAUCAGGUCGGCUUUGUGCAUUUAUUACUAAAGUAAAAAAAGGAAGUUUAGCUGAUACUGUAGGACAUCUUAGACCAGGUGAUGAAGUAUUAGAAUGGAAUGGAAGGCUAUUGCAAGGAGCCACAUUUGAGGAAGUAUACAACAUCAUUCUAGAAUCCAAACCUGAACCACAAGUAGAACUUGUAGUUUCAAGGCCUAUUGGAGAUAUACCGAGAAUACCUGAUAGCACACAUGCACAGCUGGAGUCCAGUUCUAGCUCCUUUGAAUCUCAAAAAAUGGAUCGUCCUUCUAUUUCUGUUACCUCUCCCAUGAGUCCUGGAAUGUUGAGGGAUGUUCCACAGUUCUUAUCAGGACAACUUUCAAGCCAAAGCCUUAGUAGAAGAACAACGCCUUUUGUUCCUAGGGUUCAGAUAAAACUAUGGUUUGACAAGGUUGGUCACCAAUUAAUAGUUACAAUUUUGGGAGCAAAAGAUCUCCCUUCCAGGGAAGAUGGGAGGCCAAGGAAUCCUUAUGUUAAAAUUUACUUUCUUCCAGACAGAAGUGAUAAAAACAAGAGAAGAACUAAAACAGUAAAGAAAACAUUGGAACCCAAAUGGAACCAAACAUUCAUUUAUUCUCCAGUCCACCGAAGAGAAUUUCGAGAACGAAUGCUAGAGAUUACCCUUUGGGAUCAAGCUCGAGUUCGAGAGGAAGAAAGUGAAUUCUUAGGCGAGAUUUUAAUUGAAUUGGAAACAGCAUUAUUAGAUGAUGAGCCACAUUGGUACAAACUUCAGACGCAUGAUGUCUCUUCAUUGCCACUUCCCCACCCUUCUCCGUAUAUGCCACGAAGACAGCUCCAUGGAGAGAGCCCAACAAGGAGGUUGCAAAGGUCAAAGAGAAUAAGUGAUAGUGAAGUCUCUGACUAUGACUGUGAUGAUGGAAUUGGCGUAGUAUCAGAUUAUCGACAUGAUGGUCGAGAUCUUCAAAGCUCAACAUUAUCAGUGCCAGAACAAGUAAUGUCAUCAAACCAUUGUUCACCAUCAGGGUCUCCUCAUCGAGUAGAUGUUAUAGGAAGAACUAGAUCAUGGUCACCCAGUGUCCCUCCUCCACAAAGAUCUUGUUGUUUUAGUCGGAAUGUGGAACAGGGGCUUCGAGGGACACGCACUACUACUGGACAUUAUAAUACAAUUAGCCGAAUGGAUAGACAUCGUGUCAUGGAUGACCAUUACUCUCCAGAUAGAGACAGUCAUUUUCUUACUCUACCUCGCUCCAGAUACAGUCAGACCAUUGACCAUCAUCACAGGGAUGGCAGGGAUUGUGAAGCAGCAGAUAGACAGCCAUAUCACAGAUCCAGAUCAACAGAACAACGGCCUCUCCUUGAGCGGACCACCACCCGCUCCAGAUCCACUGAACGUCCUGAUACAAACCUCAUGAGGUCGAUGCCUUCAUUAAUGACUGGAAGAUCUGCCCCUCCUUCACCUGCCUUAUCGAGGUCUCAUCCUCGUACUGGGUCUGUCCAGACAAGCCCAUCAAGUACUCCAGUGGCAGGACGAAGGGGCCGACAGCUUCCACAGCUUCCACCAAAGGGAACAUUGGAUAGAAACAAUGGAGUCAAGGAGAUAGAACCUUAUGAAGAAGAACUGGACUCUACAAGGAGAAGAUAUGCAGGUACUAUGGAUAUAGAGGAGAGAAAUCGCCAAAUGAAAAUUAACAAAUACAAACAGGUAGCCGGAUCAGAUCCCAGACUGGAACAAGAUUACCAUUCGAAGUAUCGAUCAGGAUGGGAUCCUCAUAGAGGGGCAGAUAAUGUUUCUACUAAAUCUUCGGACAGUGAUGUAAGUGAUAUAUCUGCGGUUUCGAGGACUAGUAGUGCUUCUCGUUUCAGCAGCACAAGCUACAUGUCUGUCCAAUCAGAAUGCCCAAGAGGAAACAAGAAAAUCAGACCAAAGGGAAUAGAAGAGGGAGGGAAAGAAGGGGAUAAGCAUGAAGAGAUAGUUCAUGAGAAGGAAGAGGUAAAGGAAGAAAGAAUUAAUGAGAAUGAGAAAGGGAAAGAGAUUGCCAAAACAUGUAAUAAGGAGAAAAACAGAGAAUCAGGAGACGAGGAAAAAACACAAGAUAUACACGAGCAAGGGAAAGAAAAAGAACAGUGGAAUAAAGAGGAUUUGCAAAGGAGAUUCUCACAAGAUGAUGCCAGUGUCUUUACAUCCAAAAUGCAAAGCAGACAAAUGGGCAUAUCAGGGAAGAACAUGACAAAAAGCACCAGCAUCAGUGGAGACAUGUGCUCACUGGAGAAGAAUGAUGGCAGCCAGUCUGACACUGCAGUGGGCGCCUUGGGCACCAGUGGCAAAAAGCGGCGCUCUAGCAUUGGUGCCAAAAUGGUAGCUAUCGUUGGUCUGUCACGGAAAAGUCGCAGUGCUUCUCAGCUCAGCCAAACGGAAGCAGGAGGUAAAAAACUAAGGAGCACUGUCCAAAGAAGUACAGAAACAGGCCUGGCCGUGGAGAUGAGGAACUGGAUGACUCGACAGGCAAGCCGAGAGUCUACAGAUGGUAGCAUGAACAGCUACAGCUCAGAAGGAAAUCUGAUUUUCCCUGGUGUUCGCUUGGCCUCUGAUAGCCAGUUCAGUGAUUUCCUGGAUGGCCUUGGCCCUGCUCAGCUAGUGGGACGCCAGACUCUGGCAACACCUGCAAUGGGUGACAUUCAGGUAGGAAUGAUGGACAAAAAGGGACAGUUGGAGGUAGAAAUCAUCCGGGCCCGUGGCCUUGUUGUAAAACCAGGUUCCAAGACACUGCCAGCACCAUAUGUAAAGGUGUAUCUAUUAGAUAACGGAGUCUGCAUAGCCAAAAAGAAAACAAAAGUGGCAAGAAAAACGCUGGAACCCCUUUACCAGCAGCUAUUAUCUUUCGAAGAGAGUCCACAAGGAAAAGUUUUGCAGAUCAUCGUCUGGGGAGAUUAUGGCCGCAUGGAUCACAAAUCUUUUAUGGGAGUGGCCCAGAUACUUUUAGAUGAACUAGAACUAUCCAAUAUGGUGAUCGGAUGGUUCAAACUUUUCCCUCCUUCCUCUCUAGUAGAUCCAACUUUGGCCCCUCUGACAAGAAGAGCUUCCCAAUCAUCUCUGGAAAGUUCAACUGGACCUUCUUACUCUCGUUCAUAGCAGCUGUAAAAAACUGUUGUCGCAGCAACCAGCGUUACAAAAAAAAAAAAAAAAAAAAAAAUUCACAGGUUGCAAACCCUGGUAACACUGCAUGCUUAAUGUUGUGUCUUCUGAGCCUGUUUCUAGGGAUACAAAGCGAUCCUGUGUUCUCAGAGGAAGUUGCACACAUUGUGCCCUAAAGAAGGCCCUCAGGUGAAAGAGCAGAGCUGUGAAGAACUAUCAGGUUUGGAAUUCAAUGACACUCGAGUUCUGGUCCAAUCUGAAGCCAUGGAUUAAUCUCAAAGAAUCAGUCAGUUUCAUGCAACAGAAGCCCUUUUCAAUGGCACCUUUAUAUUUUUAUUGUUCCUUUUUCUUCAUUUAUCUAACCCCAAAGCCCUGAUAUGCCACAGAAAUGGAGCUAUACAGCCAUGAAGCGGUGUUACAGGUGAGGAGUGAAAUCCUAGGAAGCAUCAGGUGAAAAGCAGGAGACCAAAGAAGUGGUCAGGAACAAUCAUCAGCCCUCCUCUGGCCGGGGAUCAGAGCAGUCAGUCCAGCAGGAAGAGUGGCAGACUCUGUAGCUCCAUGGGCACAUCAUUUACUAAUGCCAAGAUGUGUUGGACUCUGAAAAACAAAAUUCUGUGGCUACACUGUACUGAAUGAAAUUAAAGAAACUUUUUUUGCAUGGACACAGAUUAGCUGAAUACUUAAAUUAUUUUCUUGGGGCUGCAACUUGCAAAAAAAAAGAUUAAAAAUCAGCCAUUUUCAACAAUUUAUAUUUUUAAAAAUAAAUUUCACUAGUGCAUGGUUUUAAAAAGGAGAGAGAAUGCAACAGGGUGAACAAAGAUACACCAUGUUUAUUCUUUAAUCAUAGUCUGUGUUUUGGCAGACAUUACAAAUGGAAAUACUUUCUAGAAGAUACUUAAAAUUCUCUUUAUGUGACAAAUAAGUAUAAUAUAUUCAAUUUAUUUCCAUGUUAAAUAUACAAAUCUUAUGAAGUUCAAUAUGUGCAAAUUUUUCACAUCUUUCUCCUUCUCUCACUUUUCCUCUUCUCCCUCUUUUAAUCGUUUCUUUCUCCCUGCCAGAGUGAACCUUAUACUAGAAAAUUACAAGUUUUGAUCUGAUCCUCUCUUAUACCCCAUGUUUGAUUCAGAGCUGUAGAUGCCUCUGAAUUUGCGAAUUUCUCAAGGGAAAAAUAACUUUAAGAGCUUUCUUUAUUUCAAGCAUGUUGAAAAGGAUUUUGCAACAUGACUUGGGAGUACAUUAAAGUAAGUCAGCAAGUAUUUGACAAAGAAGAUAUUUGAACUUUUGCAGUUUAUUGUACAGUGCAUGGUAAUUUUUUUCACCUUUAAAAUUCAGUUUACAGGAAAAUUCUAAAAUCAUGUUGCCAUUGUGAUGUCCAAUAAAUUUGUUUUUAGCACCAGCAUUAUUCAUACAGGGGUUAAAGUAUUAUUUGUAGAAGGUCUUAGGUUUUGUUUGUUUUUUAAUCAGUUAAAGCAAUUUCUUUAGUCAGUUUCCAUUUACUAUGUGAAUAGAAGCACUGCUAAAAAUUGGGAACCCUGAAACACAGGGCUGUUUAAUUCAUUUUUCUGUAGUAAAAUUCAAUUUUUCACAAAUUAUAUUUCUAAAGAAAUACAGUAAACAUAAAUUUGCAACAAUUUUAAAGCUCCAAUUUUUAGGUGACUCAAAGAACGUCAUUAUGCCUAUUAAUAGUUAUUUGAUGCCACCACCAAAACUCUAUGUGAAAACUUCCUAAAGUCAAAACCCCUGCCUUUGAUUUUACAGACAGUUAUUACGAUUGGGUGGUGCUGCAAGGUCAAAUUUCUCCUAAGUUCCCCUAUUUAGAGGAAAAGUCACUGGUUGUUGUAAUAAACCACCCAUGGUUCUUUAUGUACAUUUUGAUAACACAUUAUUAUAGCUUGAUUUUAAUGUUUUGCAUUAAUUUUUGAAAUCCACAUACAUCUCAUUUGUUUAAGGCCAUGCACAAAUAUUUUUUUUAGUUCAGUGCUGACCAUUAAAAACUGUCAUGCUUGAUACGGUGCAAAAGUUAAAAUAAGUAUCACUAAAAAUGCCUUCUCUUUAUGUGGUGCAAUAUGAAAUACACCAAGACUGUGUCUUGACAUUCUGAUGGACCCAGGUAAAGUUGUUAAAAGAAUGAAUAAAACUUUAUUAAAAUAAUUUAGACACCUGUGUACCAGCAACAAUUGAUUUAAUAGACCUAUAGUGUCUAUACUAUCCCUUAGAAUAAAGGUUUAUGAUUUUCCUGAUACUAAGAUGCAGUCACAUAAUCUUUUGUGCAUAUUCCUAUACAAAUUAUUUCUAAUUUUAAUAAGAAGGACGUGACUAUGGAAUAUUUGUACAUACUUGUCAUUAUGCAGUAUUUAUUUAAAAGUUGGUGAUUUUUUUUUUUAAUUUUCACAUCUGCACCUCGACUUGUGGUUUAGUCAUGUAACUAGCACUAUGCCAGUGACCGUUGUUGCCCUAUGCAUAGUAUGUUUGAAAAGUAAAGGGAAUUCCAGUUGGGAAAAAAGGGCAGAUUAGUCCUGUAAUGAACACCAACUAAUGUAAUUCAAAUUCAUUCUGGUGAUGGUAUUUAACACUUUAAAUAAAACAUUUUCUUUACAGACGUCUGCAGUGCUUUCUCUGACUUUCCUCCCUACACAGCCCUGAGCCUGCUGCAGCUCAUUCCCUGAACUCAUGUAUCAUUUAAAGAAUGAAAUCACCGUCUCCUACUUCUCAAUAACAUAAGUAGACUGCUGGUCUUAGCAGCCCUCAGUAGAGCAUUUCUUUAAAACGCCAAAGGAUUUCUGCUCACACUGUUAAAAGUUGCUGUUUUUUAAAAGGUUAUUAUUUUGGAUUGAGUUGCUUUCUGAUUAAAUGACUCAGCAACUCACAGAUUUUAUGAGUAAAAUUUUUAAUUUAGUCAUGGCCUUCACUGACAGCAUAGUCACAAAUACUCAAGCACAGGCUCUGCUAGCCCCUGGGUGAAGAUGGCGAAGGCAUAACUGGCUUUAUGCAGCAUAUGUGUUUCUGCUAAAGUGUCAGUUUUGCUUUGUGGGGAGUGGAGGGUGUGCUUCUGUCCAGAGACUGGCUUCUACGUGUGGAUAUGAAUGGGUGGGAGGAUUUCUCCAUAUCCUUCUGGGGCAAUUCCUCAACUGGGAGAAGGAAACUCUGUGGAGUUCUCAUGGGAGUCUGCUUCAGGUUCAAGAUUUAAGAGCUAGUUUGGAUUCAUAUUUAUUUAGUAAUCGAACUGAAAUCUAAGUCUAGCUGUCUCUCUAUUCUUGGAAACAACAAUUUCCUCCAUUUCCAAAGACUCACCUCCAGUCCAUUUCCCCAUACCUAUCCCGUAUUUUUUUCCUUUAUCCCAUAUAUACCGCCUACUCUGGCGAAUUGUUUCUUUGUUGUUCAUACAUUCCUGUUAUAAAAAUUCCCUUCCCUUUCUUAUGUGCCCUCUCCUGAAAAGCCCUUUUCUCAAUAAUGAUCCAUGCGAGUCCCUUCUUGUAACUCCCAGCUCACGAAUGAGCUCUUUCGGCAGCUCCUGACUAAACCCUAACAACACAGCUGCCAUUGACACCAACACCUUCACUUUCCCAGGGACCCCAGAUGCCAAGGCUCCAUAGGCAACAAUAAAGGAUAUGAUGGUCUUGUAGUGGGUAGGAUAGAAUUAGGCAAGAGAUCACCAAAGCUGUCUGCCUACUACUGAUGCAACCCUUGACAUUCUGUGCACGUAAAAAUCAUGUGCUCAAUGUGUUUGUCUCAACUCUCUCAGCUCACGAUGCCCUCAGUGUUCUGUGGGCAUUUAUGCACUGAAGAAACAGGACUUCACACAUCUACCUCUGGAUUGUGAAAUGUGUAUUGAGAAAUACUUUGCAAGAGAAUUUUUUUAAGUGAACAAACAACAAAUCUGUGCCACUCACAUCUUCCAUAUGCCCUGACUCAGGUCACUUAAUCUCCAGGAUUUCAUUUCCUCACCUGGAAAAUAUGGAGUUUGAGGUAGAUUCUCAUCUAUCAUUAAAUCAACACUUUAACUAAAACAUAAGCUCCUUCAGGGCAGAGACCGUAUCUUCAGUAUCAAAAACAAUGUUUGACACAUAGCUGCUCAAUAAAUAUCUGUCCAAUGAA